AGUGUAGCCCCAGCAGUGCCACCUGUCAGUGUCCAUCAAUACCAGCUGUCAGUGCUCAUCAGUACCACCUGCAGUGCCCACCAGUGCCACAUCAAUGCCACAUAUCAGUGCUCCUUUCAAUGCCAGUCAGUGCCACCAAUCAAUGCCAAUCAGUGCCACCUAUCAGUGCCGCCUAUCAGUGCCAGUCUAUCAGUGCCGACUAUCAGUGCCCAUCAGUGCCGACUAUCAGUGCCCAUCAGUGCCGACUAUCAGUGCCCAUCAGUG